AUGCACGGGCACCAAUUGUAUGGUAAACUCACUUUUUACUUAACAACUCGUAAUUCUGGCUCAAUGUUUGAAAACAUUUUAUCUCCCAAUAUUAACGUAUACGGAGUAUCAUCGGCUAAACCAGAUGAACCAACAUGGGAAAGUUUUUGUGAUAAACCAGAUUUUCCUCUCUGUCUUAGUGAUGAAUUUGCAUAUGCUUGGUUCAAGGAUACUGAACAUCAUGACCCGACUAAAGAAACACUUGAAACUCAGUAUGAAGACCUCGUUAAAAAAGUAGAAGGAUCAGCUCCACAACAAUAUGGUGCUAAGGAUAUAGCAAACGAGGUAAUUGGCGAGUUUAAAGGUGAUUCUAAAUCAGGUCAAGCCUCAAUAUUAGGUUGGACUAAACCGCAAGUAACUGAACUUGUCAGUAUACGAGGUUCUCCUUUGCACUAUUGGGGUCGUCGACUGGAGAUGGCCAAAGACAAUGAAGUGAUCAAGUUAAAUCUAAACUAUCAACCAUUGUUGAAGGAAGACGAUUCUAUGACAGAGCAAUUAGAAAUGUUAUCAAUGAACUUUGCAGAGCUGGAUUCUGUUCAAAUGCUAACAAUGUUUUGUCAAAACGUUUAA